UCGAGUGACGCUCCAAACAUUCAGUUGCUUAGCGUACGCGUACGUGUUUAGUUCGUGUUACUACGUUUACGGGAAAACAGGCAAAAGAGAUAAACAAAAGCGAAGUUGAAUUUUCAUCUGCAUUUUGCAGUUGGCAAAUGUACUGUCGAAAAAUGUGAAGUAAAUGUGACAUUACAUUAAAAAUAACUGAAUAAAAGUUGAAAAUUUCGCUGGAAACAAUAAGUCAGCAGAGAAGCCGGAAUAUCUGAACAACAUAUCUACAACAUACACAGUCCACAUGGUUACACCGUAAGCGCAGCCAAUAAUCGCAUUCAUAUACACGCACAUACUCAUACUCACACUCUCACAUACAUACACACACUCGUACCAGCAAAAUACGACGUCAUGAAAUCCACUUUGAUUUGGUUGUUGCUGGCUGGUUGUGGCGCCGUGUUGCUGCUGGGCGACACAGUAGACGCCUGGAAUCGGCAGUUCUUCAACCGAUACUCACGUAGCUGGCUGCGCAAUAAUGCCGACGUAGUAGGAGGACUUGGUGGUGGUGCAGGUGGUGUGGGUGUGAGUGGAAGUGGAAGCACUAGUCUUGCCGGCAAUACACCACAAAUCGACGACUUCAAUGCACUUUUUGGCCUCGGCAACGAUAUGAGUUUGCAUGGUAAUAGUGGAGCUAGUGUUGCAGCUGGGACUGGUGGCGGAACAAAUGCCAUUUUAAGCGCAGGCGGAGGCGCAGGAGGAGGCCUAGGGAGUGGUGGUGGUUUUUCUGCCUUUGGUGCUGGCUACGAUGCAGACACAGGCGGUUUUGGUGGUCAACAACAGACGGAAAUAUACGGCAUCGUGGAACCAUUAAUAGAGGAUACGCCAUGCGUGGACCGAGCUUGCCAAGUCAAUGAUGAUUGCUGUCCCACAGGCGUCUGCGUCAAUACCUACGGUGCAGAAGGCAAAUGCAUUUACGUUUAUGGACGCAAACGCGAUCUCUGCCAUCGCAAUACGGACUGUGAGUUGGGUAUGUCGUGCCUGAAGAGUGCAGUUGGUAAUCUGAUGUGUCAACCGAGCACGUCUACAAUUCAUUUAUUGAAUGGCGUUGGUGGCGGUGGUGUUGAUGGUGCAGGCGUAGGUGGUGUCGGUAAUAAUGCUAUUGGACUCAAAGUUGCCACAAAUAUUGGAAUUGCUCCGAAGUUCGCGUUGAAUGUCAAGCAAUUUGGCGAGGAUUGUGUAUCGUCGAGCGACUGUAAUGUAGCCAAGGGCCUGUGCUGUCAACUACAGCGCACUCACCAUCGCAUACGUCCACGCAAACUGUGCGCUUACUUCCGGGAUCCUUUCAUGUGCAUCGACAUUAUGCCAACAGAAGAUGAGGAAGUACGCGAAUCACGCUUGCUAUCCGCUUUCAGCCAGCGACGCAUGUAAUGAGGAAACUGAAAAAAGCAGGUAAAAACGAAACAGGACCGAAGAGCAGGGGCAAGACGAAGUAGCAGAAGAAGCAGGAAGGAAGAAGCAAAAGGGAAGGAAGGAGGUAUACUCGUACACAUAACACAAUUACACAAACACACAAACAUAUGUAGAUGUGUUACGACCGACAGAAUGAGUGCACAGGCGACGUGUAAACAGAGGCAAUGAAAUAACAAUCAUAUAGAACUACGAUUUUGUGGAAAAAAUAUAUAUAAAAAAAAACACUGAAAUAUUUAAGAUCAAACAACAUAUCAAACAAAAUUAAGUUUAAAUUCUAAGCAAAUAUAAAAAAUGGCCGUGUUUUUUGAAAGCCAAUAAAAUUAAAAAUAAAAUUAAAAAGGAAGCAAAUAAUUUACUCAAUGAGAAAAUAUUAAAAAUGAUAAAUGAAAUUAGUUAGAAGGGAAGUGCGCUUGAGCACAGACAAGUGGGAAAUAUUUAUUUAACGGUAUUAGCACACACAUACUCAAUGAAUUAUGCAUGUAUUAAGAAAUUGUAUAACUGUAUUAACUAUACCACUAUGCGCAUACUUAUACCCACACAGAUUAGUCGUCUAUGUAUGUAUAUGCACUAUAUAUGUCUUGUAUAUAUUGCAAACAUACCCAGGCAUAUUUUUAAUUGUGCGCAUUACAAUGCAAAACAAAAACAAAUCCAAACUAUUUAUUUUACCCGCUCUGAAAACAAAAAUGAAAUCAAAAAAGUUCUGCAUAUAAUUAAUGUGGUUCAAAAUUUAAAUGUAAAGUAGUGCAAAAUGUUGUAACAAAAAAAUGUUGUAAGAAAAUCAUUAAAUACGUACCAUUAAUUCGAUGACAACACAGAAAACCCCAAAUUGUACUGGCUGAGGCAUAAUUCAUAAGUCAAUACAAAUUUAAUGAAAACUAAUUAAAAAGCAAAAAACUAUUCUUAAGUGCAUUUAAGCAACUUGUACCAAAGAUAAAUAUUAUAUGUAUGUAAAAUAAGUGGGCAAAAACCAGCCAUUCCAAACUAAAAAAAAAAUUAGCGGAAAAGAAGUAUUGAAAAUUAUUCAAUGCAAUUCCCUUAAUGAGUCAAUCAUUUAAAUCUAAAUGUGUUAACAUAAAUGAUUAAGUAAAACGAAUUCAAUUAAAAUGGGUGCAAAAAACUGCAUAAUUUGAACCAACAUACAAAAACAAAAAUAUUUCAACAUGAAUUUAAAUUAUUUCAAUAAGCCCAAUGUCAUUUCCAUAUCCUAAGAGUGUAUUUUGAAAUCGUUGUAUUAAUAUUCAAAAAACAAAAACACAAAACAAAAACCAAACACAAACCAAAACCAAAACACAAAAAAACAAAAACCAAAAAAAAACUAUACACCUUUCCAUGUUUUAUCAUUCAUAAACCAAAAACCAACCA